AUGUCCAAGACCGUCAAUAUCGAGUCGCCCGAGCAGUUCAGCUCGCUGCUCUCGUCCUCGCGCAUCGUCGUCGUCGACUUCUAUGCCGACUGGUGUGGUCCCUGCAAAGCGAUAGCUCCGCUCUACGAGCAGCUGUCGGCUUCCCUCUCGCGGCCCAACGUCAUCACCUUCACCAAGGUCAACACCGACACCCAGCAGCAGGUUGCCCAGACGUACGGCAUCACCGCCAUGCCGACCUUUAUGAUUUUCAAGAACACCCGCGAGGUUUCGAGGAUAAGAGGAGCCAAUGCCGCCCAGCUUUCCGAGGCCGUCAAGAAGCUCGCCGCUGAGGCUGAGUCUGGUGGCUCUGCGUCGGGCGGCUUCGGCGACGCCGGCGGCAGCUCUGGUGGCGGCUGGCUUGGCGCUAGCCUGCCGCGUGGUUACGGCGAUGCCACGGAGCACGUCGAUGUCCGAGGCCUCGAUCUGUUGAACGCGGAUACCGAGGGAGCUGGCAGUGCGCGCGUGCUGUUCGCGACGAGCAAGCCCUCGGGCGCCGAGGCGGCAAAGGGCAAGGCUAAGGCGGGUGGCGAGCCGGACUGGGUCGAGAGCGACACGGACGAGCAGCUCAUGCUAUACAUCCCCUUCCAGUCGACGCUCAAGGUCCACACCAUCCACCUCACCUCGUUCCCGCCCCAGCCUUCCGAAGACGCCGAUGAGGUGCCCAUGCGGCCACGCACCAUCAAGCUCUACACGAACAGGGCCUACAACCUCGGGUUCGAGGAAGCAGACGACAUCCCGGCCACGCAGGAGAUCGCAAUCAAGCCGGAAGACUGGGACACGAGCACCGGCACCGCCAAGCUGGAGCUGCGCUUUGUCAAAUUCCAGAAUAUUACCUCCUUGGUCAUGUUCGUGGUCGACGGCGAGGGCGACGGGGAGAAGGUUCGCUUGGACCGGAUUAGGAUAAUAGGGGAGUCUGGCGAGAAGCGGGAGAUGGGCAAGCUGGAGAAGAUCGGCGACGAUUCGUAG